AUGCUUGCACGUUCUCUGGCUGCUUUCGCGGCGACCUUUUCUGUCUGCGUCUUCUCGCAUGAGGGCCGUUCUUCUCCCUUCUUCGAAGUCGAGUUGCAGCUGGACGGCAAGGGCGUGCGCCUGCAUCCGUCGCUGGAGGAGAUUCAGACGGCGAUCAACAAGUCUGCGCUGGCGGUUUUAGGGUGCUCAAAAGAAGUCGCGCCUUGGAGCCUCGCGACACCGGCGGACGACGCGGCACCGCAGGAAGAAGACGCGCGAGGCGAGACCUUUCGCGAGCGCAUCUCCCGCGACAAGGAGAUCCUCAAGGUGCUUCUGCUGCUGACCGGCUCGAUUCAAAGCACGCGCGACGAAGUCGGCAACUACCUCCAGAGAUUCGACGAGUUCGCCUGGCUGUGGUCCGACUCGCGCCAAGAGAGCUACGAGGCUUUCGCCGCCAGGAACCCGUCGCUGGACGAGUUCGAGAGGCGGCUGCGCGCCUUUGGCGAAGUGGAGGCGAAGAUCCAGGCGAUGGAGAGCAAAGCCGCGAUCGGCGUCCUCCUCCUCAACACUGGCGGCCUCGUCGCUCAGCUCAUUGAGUUGAUUCGGGGAUGGAAUCUCCAGUUUCUCCACGAGCUGCAUCACCAAGCGAAGCAAAAGCUCGAAAGCCUCGCGGAGCAGAUUCGGCAGAUGGCGAAGCGACUCAAGCGGCAUGUCGCCGACAUCGACGCGCUGCGCCACGUCAUGGAGACGCUCAGCUACAUCCGAGAAAAAGAAGCAGACAUCGAGUCGGAGUUCGAUCCUGUCAUCAGCAUGUAUAACUUGCUGGAUCGCUACUCGCCCAGCAGCGUCUCGCUGAUCGACAAAGAGGAACAAGACCAGCGCCUGAUGCUGCGCACCUCCUGGCAGCGGCUGCUGGCGGAGGCGCAGACGCGCCAAGACAGUCUGAUGGAAAUGCAGACGCACUACAAGCGCGAGCUGAUUACAAACAUCAACAGCUUCAAGGUCGACGUGAAGCAGUUCCGCGAGGACUUUGAGCGCAACGGUCCGACGGCCUUCGGCGUGGUGCCCAGAGAGGCCGUCGAGCGCGUGCGACGCUUCAAAGAGGAAUGCGAGAUGCGGACGCGGAAGCAAGAGAUUUAUUUCGCGGGCGAAGAUCUCUUUGGUUUUUCGCAUCAGUCCUACCCCGAGCUUGAGCAGACAAAGCGCGAAAUUGCGCACCUCACACUCCUCUACGACCUCUAUGUGCAGGUGAUUGACACGAUGAAGGAGUGGAAGGACAUUCUCUGGGUCGAUGCGCCGAGUCACAUUCCGCUAAUGAGCGAGCGAAUUCAGUUUUUCUCGACGUGCUGCAAGAAGCUCCCGAAGCAGCUCAAAGACUGCGACGCUUACCUCGAGUUCAAAAAGGAGAUUGACGACUUCAUCGAGAUUCUUCCGCUUCUCGAGGAGCUCAGCAAGAAGUCGAUCAUGCCUCGCCACUGGAAACAAAUUGAAAAAAUCACAGGAAAAUCCUUCAACGUGGAGAACGAGAUGCUGCGCCUCCAAACGCUGACCGACGCAGGCCUCCUACAGUUUAAAGACGACAUCAUCGACAUUUGCGAGUCCGCGGAUAAGCAGUUGAUCAUCGAGGAAAAACUCACAGACAUCGAAAACACGUGGAAACAAACCAACUUCGACUUCGGCACCUGGAAAACGAGAGACUAUCCAUGCGUGCUGCAGGGAGGGCGCGUCGUCGAGAUCCAAGAGGCGCUCGAGGAGUCGCAGAUGGCGCUGAACACGAUGAACGCCAUGCGGCACGUCGCGCCCUUCAAAGACCGCGUCGUCAGCAUGCUCACAACGCUCUCGGACGUUUCAGACACGAUCGACGGCUGGACAAAGGUGCAGGUUCUCUGGACGUCGCUGGAGCCCGUCUUUACAGGCGGAGACAUUGCCAAGCAGAUGCCCGCGGAGGCGAAGCGGUUCCACAGCAUUGACAAAGACUGGACGACGAUCAUGGCAAAGGCCGCAGACACCGUCGUCGUGACGGAGUGCUGUCAGAACGAGCUCCUCAAGCAGCUGCUGCCGGUUCUCCACAGCGGCCUGGAGAGCUGCCAGAAGUCGCUCGAGUCCUACUUGGAGGGCAAGCGAAACAAGUUUCCGCGCUUCUACUUUGUCUCGAAUCCGGUGCUUCUAAAGAUCCUCUCUCAAGGCUCCGACGCAGAGUCUGUGCAAGAAGACUUUGAGAAGCUCUUCGACGCGAUCUCGAGGGUAGUAUUCGACAAGGAUGACCGAAAGAAGAUUUUGAAGAUUAAGACGGUCGCAGGCUCCGCGGAGGAAGUCGUCACGCUCUCGACUCCGCUCAAAGUCGAGGGCAACAUCGAGGAUUGGCUGCGCGGCCUCGAAUCGCAGAUGCAGCGUUCUGUGCGCAGAGACUGCAAGUACGCCGCCCACGAAACAGGCCUUGUCUACACGCAGAUGUCACUGAGGGACUUCUGCGACAGAUACAUCGCCCAGGUGGCGCUUCUGGGCAUUCAAAUGAUCUGGACUGCGGACUGCCAAGAGGCGCUGGAGAAGCUUUCGCGCGAGCGGGACAGAACUAUCAUGAACUCGACAAACAAAAAGCUCGUGGCCAUGAUGACUGACCUCGUCUCUGCCUGUCUCUCGGACCUGGGGACGCCGCUGAAUCGAACCAAAUACGAGACACUCGUCACCAUCCACGUUCACCAGAGAGACGUGUUCGCCGAUCUCUGGAAGAAAGUGAAGGAGCAUCGCCUGAAGGACUCGAGCGACUUCGACUGGCUAAAGCAGACGCGGCUCUACUGGAAAGCCGACUCAGACAACGCGCUCAUCGCCAUCGCCGACGUCGAGUUCACGUAUUCCUACGAAUACCUGGGCGUCAAAGAGCGCCUCGCGAUCACGCCGCUCACAGACAGGUGCUACCUGACCUGCUCGCAGGCUCUGGGGAUGUUCUACGGAGGCGCGCCAGCCGGGCCCGCCGGCACUGGGAAGACCGAAACUGUCAAGGACUUGGGGCGUACGCUCGGCAUCUUCGUCGUUGUCACCAACUGCUCUGACCAGCACCGCUACAACGACAUGGCGAAGAUCUUCAAGGGCUUGUGCCAGAGCGGCUUAUGGGGAUGCUUCGACGAGUUCAAUCGCAUCGAUCUCGAGGUCCUCUCCGUCGUCGCAAUGCAAAUUGAGUCGAUUACGACUGCGAAGAAGCAAGGCGUCCGCGCAUUCAUGUUCCCCGGCGAGGCCGCGCCUAUUCGCCUCGUGCCAGCCACGGCGUACUUCAUCACGAUGAACCCAGGCUACGCAGGGCGUCAGGAGCUGCCUGAGAAUCUCAAAGUGCUGUUCCGCAGCGUCUCCAUGAUGGUGCCCGAUCGGCAGAUCAUCAUCAAGGUCAAGCUCGCGUCGGUGGGUUACCUGGACAUUGACAGUCUCUCGAAAAAGUUCAAAGUGCUCUACGGCCUCUGCGAGGAGCAGCUUUCGAAGCAGCGCCACUACGACUUUGGCCUGCGAAACAUCCUCUCCGUCCUGCGCACAGCGGGGGCGACCAAGCGAGCGGAACCCGAGGCGGACGAAGAAAUGCUGCUCAUGCGGACGCUCCGCGACAUGAACUUGUCGAAGCUCGUCGCGGACGACGUGCCGCUCUUCCUCUCGCUGCUGAGAGACAUCUUCCCGAAGCAGGCAGAUCCGCCGAAGAAGCUCUACCGCGAAGUCGAAAGUGCUGUCGUCGCCACCGCCGCGAAAAACGGCCUCGUGCUUUCUGACGAGUUCCUCAUCAAAGUGAUGCAGCUCUACGAGACGUCGAUCGUGCGCCAUGGCUUCAUGCUGGUCGGUCCGACGUGUUCGGGGAAGUCGGAGAUCGCCUCGACGCUGACGACUGCGCUGACGAACAUCGGCAUCCCGACGCGAAGCGUGGUGAUGAAUCCGAAGGCGAUCACCGCGCAGCAGAUGUACGGCGUGAAGGACGCGCUGACUGAGGAGUGGACGCCGGGCGUCUUCGCGUGGAUGUGGGCAAAGUACAACAACCGCGCGCUCAAAUUCAACACGUGGAUCACCUGCGACGGCCCCGUCGACGCGAUCUGGAUCGAAAACCUUAACACCGUCCUCGACGACAACAAAAUCCUCACGCUCGCCAACAACGACCGCAUCCCCAUGACUGAAAACACCAGAAUUGUUUUCGAGGUCGAGAACUUGAACAACGCCUCGCCGGCGACAGUCAGCAGGGCAGGCAUCAUCUACGUGUCCGCCACGGACCUCGGCUGGAAGCCUCUCGUACUCAGUUGGCUCAACACCCGCAGCAAAACCAUUCCGAACGGAAGCGAAGAGAAAGCAAUAUUGACCUCACUCUUUGAAAAGUACCUCUUCGCGCCCAACACGCUGGAGUUUGCGUUGCGGGAGGUUCGCCACGUGAUGCCCGUCUCCGCGGCGAUUCUGACGGUUCAGAUCUUGAAUUUGCUGUCGGCGCUGCUGCGGCCGUUCGACGCGGCGAACGAAGUCCUCGCUGUGGAGCACUACGCUCGCCUGCUGACCUACGCCCUCGCCUGGGGCAUGGGGGGGUUGUUGGAACCCGAAGACCGUGCCAAGUUCGACAGGUUUCUCAAGACUUCCUGCGGCGUUCCCGACCCCUGCGAGGGCGACGCGACGCUGUUUGAGUACUACGUGGACUCGAAGACGAAGGCCUUCGUGCCCUGGACUGCCGGAGACUGGACGCCUCCCGCCGGCGCCCUGACCUUCGCAUCCAUCCUAGUCCCCACCACCGACUCACGCAGAGCGGAGCAUCUGAUUUCGAGUUUGUUGAGUUUGCCUGCGUCGCGGAAUCCGCCUUCGUUCCAAGCGGCGCUGCUGGUCGGCGGCCCGGGCACAGCCAAAACGUCGACGGCGCUCAUGUUCCUCUCCAAGUUCCAGCUGAGUGAGAAGCUCUGGAAGCGGAUCAACCUGUCCUCCGCGACGACUCCCGAGCGCUUCCAGCAGACCGUGGAGGCGGAGCUCGAGCGGAAGACGGGGAAGACGUACAGCCCGCCGGGCGGCAAGCCGAUGACUUUCUUCCUCGACGACCUCUCGAUGCCGUUCGUGAACUCCUGGGGCGACCAGAUCACCCUGGAGCUCGCCAGGCAGCUGAUUGAGCAGGGCGGCGUGUACUUCCUCGAAAAAGACAAGAGAGGAGACUUCAAGGCCAUGGUCGGCUUGCAGUACCUCGGCGCGAUGAACCACCCUGGCGGCGGGCGGAACGACAUCCCGAAUCGCCUCAAGUCAAAAUUCUUCUCCUUCAACAUGAUAUUGCCUUCCCUCACCUCCGUGGACAACAUAUACGGCGCCAUGCUGCGAGCCAGAUUCACCCCGAAAGCCGCGUCUGUCAAGAUCGCGGAUUUAUCGACUCGCUUAACGAAGGCGACGAUCGACUUGUGGCUGGACGUGAAGAAGACUUUGCUCCCGACGCCGAGCCGCUUCCACUACAUCUUCAACAUGCGCGACUUGUCGCGAGUCUUCCAGGGAAUUCUCGCCUGCUCACUGGAGGUGCUGACCUCUGAAGCGCGCCUCGUCGGCCUCUGGAAGCAUGAGUGCAUUCGCGUCUUCGCAGACAAACUCGCCCGCGAAAGCGACAAGGCCUUCGUCCACGAGACGGCGCACCGCGUCUGCGCCACCCAUUUUGGCGAAGACCUCGCGAAGGCGGUGGAGAACACGCCAUGGUUCGUUGACUUCCUGCGCGACGGCGUCGAAGACGAAAGCGGCGAGGUGCUGCCGGCGCCGAAGGUAUACGAGCCCGCGCCGAGCCUAGACGCUGUGCGCGCAAAGGCGAAUUUCUAUUUGGAUAACUUCAACGAAGAAAACCCCUCGAAGCAAAUGAACCUCGUCUUGUUCGACGCCGCCGUGAAGCACCUCAUGACGAUCUCCAGAAUCAUCCAGCUGCCUCGCGGAUCUGCGAUGCUGGUCGGCGUGGGAGGCUCCGGGAAGCAGUCGCUCGCGCGCCUAGCGGCGCACAUCGCAGGUCACUUCACUUUUCAAAUCACGCUGACGAAGGGCUACAACGACAACGCGCUCUUCGACGACCUACGCGGAUUGUACGUCUCGGCGGGGCAGAAGAAUCAGCCGACGACGUUCAUCCUGACAGACCUCGAGAUCAAGAGCGAAAGCUUCCUCGAGUACAUGAACUCCCUCCUCUCCACAGGCGAGGUCGCGGGGCUCUUCGCGAAAGACGAGAGAGACAACAUGGUCGCUGAGCGUCGCGCGGACUUUCUGAAGGAGCGACCCGACCAGGAGGAAACUCUCGUGAAUCUCUACAACUUCUUCCUGGAUCGCGUCCGCGACAACUUGCAUGUCGUGCUUUGCUUCUCGCCUCUGUCGCCCAAGUUCGCAGAGCGAGCCCAGAAGUUCCCCGCGCUGUUCAGCACGGCGAUCGACUGGUUCCUGCCGUGGCCUGAGGACGCCCUCGUCGCGGUGUCUUCGCGCUUUUUGAAGGACUUUGAAAUCGAUGCCAGCCCGGAGAAAAAGAAACUUCUCUACUUUGUCAUGGGGCGCAUUCACACAGACGUGGGGCGCAUGUGCGAGGAAUAUUUCCUGCGCAUGCGUCGACACGUCUACGUGACGCCAAAGUCCUACCUCUCCUUCAUCGGGCUCUACAAACAGGUCUACGCAGAGAAAUUCGAGGAAGUGAACAACCUCGAGCGCAGCGUCAACGUCGGGUUGCUCAAGCUGAACCAAGCCGCGCAGGACAUCAAGCAGAUGAAAGUGAAGCUGAAGGACGAAGAGAAGCGCCUCCGCGAGUCCGAAGAGCAAACGAACCAACUGCUAGUGAAGGUUGAGAGCGAGUCCGCCAAGGCGCAGAAAAAAAGCAAGCAGGUCAGCGACUUCCGCGACGAGUGCCUGGCGAACAAGGAGCGCAUUGAAGUGGAGCAGGAACAGGCGAACCAGGACUUGCAAGCUGCACUACCGUACCUGCAGGAGGCGGAGAACGCGGUGAAGUCCAUCACUGCGAAGGACAUCGUGGAGCUGAAGACGAUGAAGACGCCCUCUGACAUCAUUCGCCUCGUGUUUGACGGCGUGAUGAUUCUGCUCCAAAACAAACUCGUCGAGGUGCGCCCGGAGCCGAAAGUGAUCAACAAAAAAACCGUGGACUUCAUCCACGACUCCUUCGACGAAACUGCCAAGGCUGUCAUGGCUGACGUCCGCUUCCUCAGCAUCCUCUUCGAGUUCUCCAAGAACGAAAAAGACAACAUCAACGACGAAACCUGCGAGCUGCUCCUGCCCUACUUGGAGCUGGAAAACUUCAACCCGGCCGUGGCGAAGAAGGCGUCCAAUGCAGCAGAGGGACGCUGCAAGUGGGUGGGGGCGAUGGUCAUGUACCACGAGGCGGCGAAGAUCGUCAAGCCCAAAGUCGACUACCUCAAGAUUCAGACCGCACGCGUGGAAGUGGCCCUGCGGCAGCUGGCUGAGGCAGAGGAGGAGCUCGCGCAGGCGCAGGCGAUUCUGCGGGAGAUCAAUUCUCAGUUUGAGGCGGCGGUGAGAUCGAAAACCGAGCUGGAGCAACGCGCGCAGGCGACGAAGCGGAAGAUGGAUCAGGCAAACAAACUCAUCAACGGCCUUGCUGGAGAGAAGGCUCGCUGGGCGGAAGACUCAAACACGUUCGCCGACCGCCGCAAGAAGCUAGUUGGCGACGUCACGCUCGCGGCCGCCUUCGUCUCCUACUGUGGACCCUUCAACUCGGAGUAUCGAGUGAAACUCAGAACGGAGUGCUUCGGCGCAACGUGCAAGCGGCAGGGGGUCCCCGCCUCAGACGACGUUAACAUCGUUGAGCUGCUGGUUGAUCAAGGCACGAUCGGCGAGUGGAAUUUGCAAGGCCUUCCGGCAGACGAACUGUCGAUUCAAAACGGCAUCCUCGUCACGCGCUCGACGCGCUACGCCCUGAUGAUAGAUCCCCAGGGCCAGGCGCUCAACUGGAUCAAGAAACGCGAGGAGAAACGCAUGGAGGGCACCAAACAGUGCAUCACGACGCUCGCCAAUACGAGGCUGAAAGACCAACUCGAGUUCUGCUUGCAAGAAGGCCGCCCGCUCCUGAUUGAGGGCGUCGCUGACGACGUGAACCCGCUGCUGGAGCCCGUUCUCGAGAAGCAGAUUCUGCGGAAGGGCAAGAAGCUCUACGUGAGUCUGUCAGACCAGCUCGUCGAGUUCAACCCUGAGUUCACGCUCUACAUGACGACGAAGCUGGCGAAUCCGCACUUCUCUCCCGAGCUCUCCGCCAAAUGCACUGUCAUCGACUUCACUGUGACGCAGGAAGGUCUCGAACAGCAGCUAUUGGGGCGAGUGCUUUCGAUGGAGCAGCGCUCACUCGAGGAGAGUUUGAAUUUGCUGAUGGAGGAGUUGACCGCCAACACGAAGGCGCUGCAGGCGCUCGACAGCCAGCUGCUCGCGCGUCUCUCGAACUCUCAAAGCAACUUGCUGGACGACACAGAGCUCAUCGAGGUCUUAGGCAAUACCAAGGCAAAGGCGAAAGAAGUGGAGAAGAAACUCAAAGAUGCGCAGGAGAAAAAGGCAGAGAUCAACGAAAAACGAGAGCAGUACCGGCCGGUCGCGACGCGCGGCUCUGUCCUCUACUUUUGCACGGUAGAGAUGUCUGUCGUCUGCUGGAUGUAUAACUCCUCACUUGUCCAGUUCCUCGAGCAGUUCGAUCUCUCCAUUUACCGCUCUGAAAAAACGCAGCCCACGCACAAACGCGUCGAAAAAAUCGUGGAUUACCUCACCUACCAGGUUUACCGCUACGUAAAUCGCGGACUUUUCGAGCGCCACAAGAUGUCUUUCCUGAUGAUGCUCACUCUGAAGAUUCUGCUGACGUCUGGCGACUUGACGCCGGCCGAUAUUUCGCUUCUCCUCAGCGCGGGCGCCGGCCUCGACGAGAAGGCGGAGCGCCCGUGCCCAUUCAAAUGGCUCGGGCAGGACUCGAAGCCGUGGCUGAACAUUCUGCGGCUCUCGCGGCACGGUUUCGGUCGGGAUCAGAUUCAGUUUUUCUGCGAACUCCCCGAAGUCCUGAGCAAAAACGAGGCCCAGUGGAAGAAGUUCCUCGAAGACAACGAACCCGAGAAGCUCAGCGUGCCCGACUACGAGGACCGCAUCAAGACGCAGAAGCCUCUCGGCGCCUUCAUUCGCCUCUGCCUCCUUCGCGCGCUGCGAGAAGACCGGACGGUAGUCGCGGCCGCGCGCUGCAUUGAGGCGCUCCUCGAUCCUCGGUACACAGAGCCGGUGACCGACUCGAUGGAGUCGAUUUGGCAGGAGUCGCAAAGUCGCUUUCCCGUGCUCUUCUUGCUCUCACCGGGCACAGACCCGACGGCUGUGAUCGACGAGCUUGCGAAGAAGAAAAAGAAGUUCCCUACAGACAAAGUCUCCAUGGGAGAGGGACAGGAGAUCGUCGCGCGCGAGAAAAUCAAGAACGGAUUCCUCUCGGGGGGCUGGGUCGUCCUGCAAAACUGCCAUCUGGGCCUCAACUUCAUGGCGGAAAUCGAGGAGCUGCUCAAAGUGCAAGAUGUCGCCAAGGAUUUCCGGCUGUGGAUUACGUGCGAGUCGCACAACCGGUUUCCGAUUGGCUUGUUGCACAUGAGCAUAAAGGUGACGAACGAGCCGCCGAUUGGGCUGAAGGCCGGCCUGCAUCGCACCUUCACGACAAUGGUGACGCAGGAGACUCUGGACAAAGUUGAUCACGAGAAGUGGCGCAACAUCGUCUUCGCGACGGCCUUCCUCCACAGCGUUGUGCAGGAGCGCCGGAAGUUCGGCGCGCUGGGCUGGUGUGUGCCCUACGAAUUCAACUACUCGGAUCUCGAGGCCUCGCUCUUUGUGAUUGAGAAGCAUCUCGCCUCCACGGUGCUGGUCGGGCAACCCCUCUCCUGGGCGACCCUCUGCUACAUGGUCGCGGAGGUGCAGUACGGCGGGCGCAUCACCGACGACCUCGACAGAGAGCUCUUCAACACCUAUACGAGCAAGUGGUUCAACGACGAUCUCUUCAAGCACAAUUUCAGCUUCAACGGCAACACCGCGAGCCAGCACGACUUCGCGUACCGCAUCCCCGACUGCCUCGAAAUCUCUGCGUUCAGAGACUACAUCAACACCCUGCCGGCCGUCGACCAGCCCAGCGUGUUUGGCCUGCACGUGAACGCAGACUUGACCUUCCGCCUUCAGGAGUCCUCCUACAUGCUCAGGACGAUCCAGGAAACGCAGCCGAAGGACUCUGGCAGCGGCGGAGGCAAGUCGCGGGAAGAGGCCGUUAAAGAGAAAUGCCAAGAGAUCCUAAGCAAGAUGCCCCCCGACUUCGUCGAGGAGAAGUAUCGAGAGCAGAUCUCCAAACUGAGCAGUCCGCCUGGUCUGCUGACCAAAGGACUCCAAGUCCCCCUGAACAUCUUCUUGUUCCAGGAAGUCCAACGCAUGCAACGCAUCAUUGCCCUUUCGCGGACAAACCUGACGGCGGUCAUCGACGCUAUCGACGGCCUCAUCAUUAUGACGCCAGACUUGCAGGAUGAUGUCAACUUUAUUUUCGAUAUGUGCGUGCCGAAGAAGUGGCUCCGAGACCCCAGUGGAGCGGAGAUCUCGUGGAUCUCGCCGACUCUCGGGAAGUGGUUCAGCGGCAUGCAGCAGCGAGUCGAACAGCUCGUCUCAUGGCUGCAGAAUGGACGACCGAAAUCGUUCUGGUUGAGCGGUUUCUUCAACCCCGAGGGAUUCCUCACCGGGGUCAUGCAAGAGGUGACCCGACAGCAUAAGAAGGAUCAGUGGGGACUGGAUGACGUCGUGCUGCAUACUGAAGUUAAGGGCUACGACUACGACAAGGUGAAGGAGAUUCCCGACGAGGGAGUCAACAUCCACGGCCUCUACAUUGAGGGCUCCAGGUGGAACUGGCACGAGGGAAAGCUCGACGAAUCGCUCCCGAAGGUGAUGAUCGACCGAAUGCCGAUCUUGUACGUGACCGCAGUCACCUCAAAGGACAAAAAGACUCGAACUGCGGACUUCGGCCAGUUUGAGCCGUAUGACUGCCCGGUGUACAAGUAUCCCAGGCGGACGGACAACUAUCUGGUCUUCCGUGUCAACUUGAGAACGGAGGUGCAGCCGUCUCACUGGAAACUGCGUGGAACGGCCCUGCUUUGUUCGACGGAGUAG